UAAAAACACGUGAGGAAAGCCGACGCGCUCCAGCCAGCCUCCCUGCGGCUUCUUUUUGGCAGGAGCAGCCAGUCGCCGGGCUCCUCUGGUUCGUGUUGAUGUGUGCGCGUGUGGCAGGAGCUUCAGGCCCAAAAUGGGCGUUUGGUGACUGGACACGAUGGAGAGCUGGGCUUCUGCAGAAUUCGACCUCGCUCAGAUCCGACUGAUCGUGUACCAGGAUUGCGAACGGAGGGGCCGGCAGGUUCUGUUUGACUCCAAGGCUAUACGGAAGCUGGAAGCAUCCGAACUGAAUGCAGAGGAGACUAAAGCCCCGCCCGCCCGAAGUGGCGCAUGUCAGAUCAGCAGUAAAACUAACCAGAAAGAGACUCCACCUACAUAUCAGUACACAAGGCCAGCCUCAGAUCUGAAUAUGCUGGGGGAGAUGAUGUUCGGCUCGGUUGCCAUGAGCUACAGGGGUUCAACUUUAAAGAUCCAUCAUAUUCGAUCCCCGCCUCAGCUGAUGGUCAGUAAAGUUUUCUCCACACGUUAUGGCAGCAGCAACGCUGGCAGCACAACCACACUGCAGGACAGCUUCGAGUCCUUUAGCCAGACCUGCCCGAGUCACAGCAGCAGCCUAGCCCACAGUAAUCCCGUGGACAUGCCAGGCCGUGGACGCAGUGAAGACGAGGACAGUGGAAUAGCUCGUUCAGCGUCUCUCAGCAGCCUCCUGGCUACACCCUUGCCCUCCCCAGGCUCCUCCUCCAGCAGUGGGUGUGCCAGCAGUUACCAACGACGAUGGCUGAGGAGCCAAACGACCAGCAUCCAGCACGGCCUCAUCCCUCGCUGGAGCACCGAGGAGAUGUUCAGCCUGUCGGACGAGAGCUGCAGCUCGAACCCGGCGCUGAGCCGCAGGAAGAAGAUCGCCGUCAGCAUCGUCAUCAGCCUGCCCGAAAAAGAGGAGGAGAGUCGCAGCUUCCAGGAGUUUUUCUUCUCCCACUUCCCCCUGUUCGAGUCUCACAUGAACAAGCUCAAGACCGCCAUCGAGAGGGCCAUGAUUGUGUGUCGGAGAGUCGCAGAAGCUAGUCAGCGAGUGCAGGUGUAUUUGUGUCGAGUUAUGGAGGCUCUGGGAGAGUUCAGGAUGACCGUAUGGAAUCUGUACAUGGCUCCUCGGAUCACCGAGCCCGUCUGGCUGACCAUGGUAUCCCAGAAUGCUGAGCGAAACCAGCUGUGUCAGCGCUUCCUGAAGGAAAUGAGCCUCCUCAUGGAGCACGGAGCCAAGAACCAGUUCCUCUCUGCCCUCCUCACUGCGGUCCUCACCUACCACCUAGCCUGGGUUCCCACGGUGAUGCCUAGCAACCAUCCACCAAUCAAGGCUGUUUACCAGAAACACACAUCCCACACUGUGGACUUGCUGGCCAAGUCACACCCGUACAACCCACUGUGGGCACAGCUAGGUGACUUGUAUGGCGCUUUAGGGUCUCCGGUUCGAGUGUGUCGGACGGUGGUGGUCGGACGGCGCAGGGAGCUGGUGCAGCGCGUCCUCUUCGUCCUCUCCUACUUCAUCCGCUGCUCUGACCUACAGGAAAACGAACCUUCUCAGGCACAGACCGACCAUCCAUCCAAUCCCUGCCCUUCUCAAACCACGGAUCUCACCCCCGGCCCUGAUGUGACCCGUGAGAAACCAGUCAGCACUGAGCCGGAGGCUGAAAACCCAGCAUCAGGUUCAGAUGGGACCAGUAAAACAGCAGACCCCUUUGAUUUCUCUCAGGCAUCCAGUGAUGGACAUGAACGUGCAGACGGGGGGCAAGAAUGUUUUGGGGAGGUGGGAUUAGAGCACAUAUUGUCCAACCCGAGCCCUCCCGUGCACAGGGUGCAGUUCACCAUUGGCAGUCCAAAGGAGGCUGAAAACCGUGGACGCCAUGGGCAAAGAACUGGCACCGAGUGUGGCCGGGGCCUACACAGAAAGAUGCCCAACCGGCUUCUGGUGGAUAGCUUGGACAGCUCUGAUGAUGAGGAGCCCUCUGACAGACGGGCGUACACAUCGCCCAAGGUGCAGGGGUAUGAGCUGCCUCUUCCAAGCUGUGACCUGGAGACCCGUCCUAGUGUAAAUCAUUUCGGCCGGUCUUUGCUGGGAGGGUACUGCCCUCAGUACAUGCCCGACUUCGUCCUGCACGGCGUCACCUCUGAUCAGCGGCUCAAGCAGUGCCUGAUGUCAGACCUGGAACACACGGUACUGCACCCAUCGCUGGACGAGCCGAUCGCCGAGGCCGUGUGCAUCGUGGCCGACACGGACCGGCUCUGUGUCCAGGUGGCCACCAGCCAGCGACGUGUGUGUGAACCGGGCCGCCUAGGAAGAGAUGUGAUGGUGUCCAACCUCGUACACACACUCGUCACGUCCGUGCUCCAGCUGCACGCUCUCAACGUCGCCGCAGAUUUUUGUGUGAUGCACAUGGAGGACCGAUUGCAGGAGAUCUACUUCAAGAGCUGUUCUUUAGCCGAAUACCUAAAAGGACAACGACGGGUCCACGUGAAGGAACUAGGACUAGCACUGGGGAUCGAGUCCAGCGAUCUUCCCUUACUCACAGCCGUCGCAAGCACACACUCGCCCUACGUCGCUCGGAUCCUCCUGUGAACGGACCUCACUGAAGUUGCUCCACUGCACUGACCAAUCGGAAAGCACUACCAGCUCGAGAUGGACCAAUAAGGACCAGGUUUGUUCCUGGUCAGACCAACUGAAGCUGGAAUCCAAACCAGUUUAUCAGGAAUCUGCUCUCAGUUCCAGCCUGAGGGUCACGACAUGUCAAGUAUCCAGACCGAGUAUCUGUGAUGUGUGUGAAUGUUUGAACUGGACGAUUGUUUACAUUUUAAAUCUCUUUUUAUGUAUUAUAUGGCCGGAGGUAUGUACACUUGAGCUUUUUAAACAUUCCAGCGCCAAAACCACAGGCAUUAAUAUAAAUCCACCUUUGUGACUUGAAGCAUGUCUGUGGGAAUUUGUGCCGAUUUAGUGAAAAGGGCUGCCAAUGAUGUUUGUGAAUGUGGCCUUUUGUGUUUGAAUGUGAAUUUUUUUCUUUUUUUUGUUUUUUGUUUUUUGCUGAGUGGCUCCCUCGGGUGGUUGAAUUGAAGUUUACAUUGUUCUUUAUACAGUAGAAGGUCCUAAUAUUAUAGAAGGUGCUAAUAUUGAUCCUCUAAAAAAGUGGAUUAUUUUUGUUCUGUGCACUAGUGAUGCCUCACGUUACGUAUUCUUACAUAAUUGUGCAUGACUGUCUGAGCAGAACUUUUAUACAACAGUGGUGCACAGUUGUAUGCCACUUUGGGCAGCCCUGGCCAAACAGUAAACAAAUCUAUAUUUGUGUUUUUUGGGGGUUUUUUUAUGAGAAAAGAAGGAAGAAACCUGAUGCAAACUAUUUUAAAAUUGUUUCUCCCUGCACACAUUAAAGCACAGAAACUUUAUAUUUGAUUCAUUUACAGGUACAAAAAACAAAUUACUUGUUGACCAAUGUGACACCUAAUUAUAUCAGUAACCUGUAACACCCACUUUGGCAGAUUUUACAACUUGCAUGCAAAUUGUAGCCAGCUCGUAGUCUUUUCAUUCCUGUCUAGUCUUGCCACACAACCAAUAAUCAGAUUUUGUAGGUCAUUGCUUUUAAUUUUGGGGUUUUAUAACCUCCAGAUCUUGCCUUGACUUCCAAAGUUCUUGUUUAAAACAUUUCAAAAUUAUUACGAUCUGGAAGCUCUUUGUGAAGCCCCUGCCUGCUUUUUGUAUACAUCCAUCAGCUUCAUUAAAUAAUGUCAAUUUCUAGUUAUCUGUCUAGAGGAGCUUAUGGUUGUUGGGUGAUAGCACACAGGUUUAAAAAGUCAGAGAAUAUGUGCUCAUUAGUUGACAAUUUAUAAUAAUCUUUUGACCUGCCUAACGAGUCAAUUAAUGCCUUCAUUGCUGCAGUUCUGUUUACCUUUUCUAAUUUUGAAAGUAAACUGAUUGUAAUGAGGUGUAAUAUCUGCAUACAACUGUAAUUAGACUGGUUUUGAAGCAGUGUGAUGGGUCAGCCAUGUCUUUAGGUGUUACUACGAUAUACACACAGUGUACAGAUAUUUUUGAACAUGCAUACUUUUUACACUCUUUUCUGGUGCUCUUUACUAAUAUAUUUUUAAGAAAGUCAGACAGGCUUUUUCAAGGCUUAAAUUCCUUAUUUCUGUAAUAUUCCGGAGACUGUGUUAUUUUUCUACAUUUAAAUCUACCUCAUAAUGAUGGUUUUGCAAGUCUGUUGUAAGUCAGUCCUGUUUUGAAAGUCAUUGUAAAGUUUGGCUGUGAAGCUGGAUUUAGGAAGUUGUCUGAGGAGGUAAAGGGUCUCUCUCUUUACCGUACAACAAGGCUAAAUUAAAAAAACUGACUAAACUUACUGAAGUUUUGGUCAUUUUUUUAUUUGUAAGGCGUCUGUGUUGGUGUUCUGGUUUGAAUGAAACUGUGCUGGUUAGGUAGGCCUAUUGAAGUUGGGUCCUGGAAUGUGAUUGAAUAUAAGUGACGAAAUAAAUCAUCUAGAAUUUAAAAAUAUA